CCCCGUGCCGCGUGCGUCCGAGCCCCCAGCAGCACGAAGGCCACAUGGAGCUCCCGGAGGAGUCUGCUCCCGGGCCGGGAGGCGCGGACGCGGUGUCCGAGCGCCGUGGCCUGCGCCGCCUGCUGCUGUCCGGCUUCCAAGAGGAACUGCGGGCGCUGAUGGUCCUGGCGGGUCCUGCGUUCUUGGCCCAGCUGAUGAUGUUCCUGAUCAGCUUUGUAAGCUCGGUGUUCUGUGGCCACCUGGGCAAGCUGGAGCUGGACGCUGUCACCCUGGCAAUCGCGGUUAUCAAUGUCACUGGCAUUUCAGUGGGGCACGGCCUAUCUUCCGCGUGUGACACCCUCAUCUCCCAGACAUUCGGGAGCCAGAACUUGAAGCACGUGGGGGUUAUCCUGCAGAGGGGGAUCCUCAUCCUGCUCCUCUGCUGCUUCCCUUGCUGGGCCCUCUUCAUCAACACUGAGCACAUUCUGCUGCUCUUCAGGCAGGACCCAGAGGUAUCCAGGCUCACCCAGACCUAUGUUAUGAUCUUCAUCCCAGCGCUUCCAGCAGCCUUCCUUUAUACGAUACAAGUUAAAUACUUGCUCAACCAGGGCAUUGUUCUGCCUCAGAUCGUGACGGGCAUCGCAGCCAACCUGAUCAAUGCCCUGGCCAACUAUGUGUUUCUCCAUCAGCUGCAUCUUGGGGUGAUGGGUUCAGCAAUGGCCAACACCAUCUCCCAGUAUGCCCUGGCCAUCCUCCUGUUCCUCUACAUCCUCUGGAGAAAACUACAUCAAGCCACCUGGGGAGGGUGGUCCUGGGAGUGUCUGCAGGACUGGGCCUCCUUCCUGCAACUGGCUGUGCCCAGCAUGCUCAUGCUGUGCAUCGAGUGGUGGGCCUAUGAGAUCGGCAGCUUCCUGAGCGGUAUCCUUGGCAUGGUGGAGUUGGGAGCCCAGUCCAUCACCUAUGAAUUGGCUAUCAUUGUAUACAUGAUCCCUGCAGGCUUCAGCGUGGCUGCCAACGUCCGGGUGGGAAAUGCGUUGGGUGCCGGAAACAUUGAACAGGCCAAGAAGUCCUCAGCAGUUUCCUUGAUAAUCACAGAGCUCUUUGCUGUGACCUUCUGUGCCCUGCUGCUAGGCUGUAAGGAUCUUGUGGGCUACAUUUUCACCACCGACCGAGACAUCGUGGCCUUGGUGGCUCAAGUGGUCCCCAUUUAUGCUGUGUCCCACCUCUUUGAAAGUCUUGCUUGUACCUGUGGUGGUGUUCUGAGGGGCACUGGAAACCAGAAGGUUGGAGCCAUCGUUAACGCCAUCGGGUAUUAUGUGAUUGGCCUCCCCAUCGGGAUUGCGCUGAUGUUCGCAGCCAAGCUGGGAGUGAUAGGUUUGUGGUCAGGGAUCAUCAUCUGCAGUGUCUGUCAGACCCUAUGUUUUCUGGUUUUUAUUGCUCGGCUCAAUUGGAAACGCGCCUGUCAACAGGCUCAAGUGCACGCCAAUUUGAAGGUAAAUGUGGCCCUGAACGGGAAUUCUGCUGUCUCUCAGGAGCCAGCUCACCCAGUAAGUCCUGAAAGCCAUGGUGAAAUCAUGAUGACGGAUCUCGAAAAAAAAGAUGAGACUCAGUUGGACCAGCAGACCAACCAGCAACAAGUUUUGCCCGUCCACCCAAAGGACAGCCGUAAACUGUCUGGGAAACAGUUGGCGCUACGGCGAGGGCUCCUGAUCCUGGGAGUAGUAGUCGUCUUGGUGGGGGGGAUCUUAGUGAGACUAUACGUCAGAAUUGAGUGAUGUGGAAGAGGCGAAGAUCAAGCCAUACAGGGGUUCCUCAGUUUAUGAGAUUAACACCUGACCAAUCCAACACAUACUGAAAACACUACAUCAGGACUGGGGGUGUUGCUGUGACAGACAAACACGUGUUUAGUGUGUUCAGGGCCCUCUAACAAGUAAGUUCUCUCUCUCUCUCUCUCUCUCUCUCUCUCUCUCUCUUUCUCACACACACACACACACACACACACACACACACACACACACACACAGAGACAGAGAGACUGAGAGUCAUACACACACAGAGAGAGAGAGAGAGAGAGAGAGAGAGAGAGAGAGAGAGAGAGAGAGAGAGAGAGAGAGAGGACAUGCAUUGGAGGUGGACAAUGCAUGCAAUACACUUAACCUACCAAACACCACUGUUCCAAAUACUGUACCAACUAGAAUGUUAAUUUUUCACCCCUGGGUUGCAGGACCACCCAGGGGCUGUAGCUCACUGUCACUGUCCCAUAUCUCCGAAGGAUGGUGUCACACAUUGUGAACCCAGGAAAAGCUCCCAGUUCAAAAUAGUCUCUACUAAAUGCACGUCACUCUUGUACCAAUGUAAAGUUAAGAGCCCUUGGAAAGUGAAUGACUGUAAGUCUGGGACCACACGCAGCUUUGAACUUAUGGACAAUUCAUAGGCCUGGCAGUGGCCAGUCAUUUUAGCCAACAGAAUUCAACUGUGCUCAUGGGUUUUAUGAACUGAGAAUUCAAAAUUUUUUUCUAAUAAGGAAUAAGGUAAACACCAUAUUGUGGUCUAAGACAAUAUGGGGAAGAUGAUGUUGGAAUAUUAAUUCGUCCACCACGGUCAAACACGGACUGCUGUGUACUGACUAUAUUCAGGUGUGGACUUCCUAUUUCUUGUGCCUUGUUUUCUAAGAUAGAAAUCUAUAUCUGAACUGCUUCUAUAUUCUUAUUGUGUGACUCCUAUUAAAUACACUUUAUGUCUCUCCGUUA